AUAGAAAUAAAUUUGUACUAUUGACUUUUGUCAUGAGUCAUGAGAUGAUAUUACUAUUAAGGUGGCUCAAAACCAUUUGGUGAGAUGAUGACCCUCCAAUGCUAAAUACCUCAACCUGUCAAUAAACUAAUGGAGGAAAAAAGAAAUGUGAACCCCAUUGUUUUCUGUGAUCUAACUGCUCCCACACCAUGUCAAAAUUCCUUGUUUGGAACCCUCUCUAGGAACCCUCCCCCUCUUCAAACUCUUGAUCUCCUUAAGAAUCUUGGCUGUUCUUCUUCUUCUUCUUCUCCUCUUGGUAAUAAGAAGCACCCGCACCCGGAUGACAACGACAGGGAAUUGGAAGAAUGCGAGGAGUGGAGGAGGAGGAGAAAGCAAUCUGCUGUUUAUGGUCAUCAUGUAGAAGAAGAAGAAGAAGAUGAUGAUGAUGAAGAUGAUGUGGAGUUAUCAGAGAUGUUCGACAGGUUUCUGCUGUGUUCAGAUCCUAAUGAGUAUAGCAUGAAUAUUCAACCAGCAGCAGCUGGAAAGAGGAAAGAAAUUGGGCGAGUUAAACAUGACGAUGAUGAACAUAAUAAGAGUAAGAACCCAAGACUCGGCAUAGAUCUGAGUGCCCUUUUGAUCAGCUGUGCCAAAUCCAUCGCCUCAUACGAUCACAGAACUGCAAGUGAGCACUUGAAGGAGAUCAGGCUGCACUGCUCCCCUUCCGGCAACGGCGACCAGCGGCUGGCUUAUGUUUUCGCGCAGGGACUGGAGGCGCGUCUGGCCGGCACCACCACACCUCCGGUGCCGCCCAAGAAGAUCACCGCUUUCGACUUGCUCGAAGCCUACCGGUCUUACAUGCAGACAUGUCCCUUCGCCAAGAUCACUUUCGCCUUCGCAAACAAGAUGAUUUAUCUCGCCUCCUCCGGUGCCAAGACCAUACACAUCAUCGAUUUCGGCAUUCUCUUCGGCUUCCAAUGGCCCAUCCUCAUCCAGCACCUCUCCAACCGGCCCGGCGGCCCUCCCAGGGUCCGCAUCACCGGAAUCGAACUUCCUCCGCCCGGUUUUCCACCGCAACCACCAGCCCAAUUGGUGCACCAAACAGGGCGGCGCUUGGCCAAGUACUGCCACCGCUUCGGCGUCCCAUUCGAGUACAAUGGGAUCCCUACCCGCAAUUGGGAGGGGGUCAGAGUGGAGGACUUGAAGCUCUCCGGGAGUGGAGAUGAAAUGGUUGUGGUGAAUUGUAUAUUCAGAUUCAAAGACAUGCUGGACGAGUCGGUGGGCAUGGAGAACAACCCGAGGGACGCCGUCCUGAGGCUCAUAAGGAAACUGAACCCGAAUCUCUUCGUGCACUCCAUCGUCAACGGGAGCGUCAACUCCCCCUUCUUCGACAUCCGAUUCCGGGAGGCCCUGUUCCACUACAAUGCCCAUUUCGACAUUCUUGAAAAGACGUUGCCCCGGGACGAUCCGCAGAGGGCUCUGUUCGAGCAGGAAUUCUUCGGGCGGGAGGCGUUUAACGUGGUGGCCUGCGACGGGGAAGAGAGGGUUUCGAGGCCGGAGACGUACAAGAAGUGGGGGGCGAGGAGCGCCGGAGCCGGGUUCAGGAUUCUCCCGCUGAACCCGGAGGUGACGGGAAUGUUGAGGAAGAAGGUGAAGACAGGGUACCACAAGGAGUUUGUGUUCGAUGAAGAUUGCGAUUGGAUGUUGCAGGGAUGGAAGGGACGGAUCCUCUGUGCCGCUUCUUGUUGGGUCCCUGUUUUCGGCGUCUCCAACGAUUUCCCGUAGCUCCGGCGCCUUUACUGAUACGCCGGCUAAAAUUGCGGAGGAGAGGAGAUUGAACGGCCGUCUACCGGCGCGUUUCUCGGAAGAGGAUUGACUUUUCUUUUAUGCAUCAUUUUAAUCAAUAGUUAAUUAUAGA